AUGGCACGUACAAACAGGCGUCCGCAACGCAGGGUGACUCAAGGGGAAGGCUCUUCUGAGCUGCAGCGAGCGAGGUCGCUGUUAAGGGAUGCGGCGGGAGAAGCGAGCGCAUCUUCAGGCAAUGCCCGCGAUGAUGUGAGAUCCUUCAUGUCGUCUCAUGGCGUUGACCUUGCUGCAAUGGAGUCCGCUGUCGCUCAGCAUGACCUGCCUGACUACUGCACAGCGAUUCUGCGGCGUUCGGAAGCGGCUUUUCGGCACUUCAUCGACUUUCUCGCAGAACGCGAGCUCCAGAGGCAGGAGUCGCGGGGCCAAGCGGGCGCUACAGCCAAGAAGUCCUUCGAGAGCAUCCAGAAAGAGCUUCGACUCGAGCUCGAGGCGGGCUCGAUGCCUGAGGCCAUCCGAGAUCCUCACGUUUGGAUCGUCUAUCUCCAUAUCUACGCAUUGUCUGGAAGAGGAAGAGUGGAUGAGGACCACGUUGCCCACACAAACGUCCGCGCCUCCUACCCUGGACAUCGUAGCAGCACCGCCGGUUCCAGCAGGCUUGCCGACGUCAGUGUUGGUGUGCAGAAUACGCCAGACUCUAUCCGACCGAUCGGACGUCUUCCUCAGCUCUCGGCCGAUCUAAGCCUCUCCUCGGCGCAGAUGGAGUCAAUGAGAUCAAACUUCGACAAUGAAGAGCUCGAUGAUAUGGACAUGGCUUCGAUCGACGGAGAAGGAUCCGGCUCCGCCCCUGUCCUUGCUGCAGCCGAUCUUCAGAUGGCACGAAAGCUUCCACGACCUAUCGCUGGCUCGACACCGCUGGCAAUCGGUACGAUCAAGUGCAGGUUCAACGACAUUGUUCGUCACCUGAUGAUUCUCGGUAUCAAGAUCAACGAGGAGACACGUUCGAAUGUAGUUCGAAUCAUCGAGCAUCUUGGCCGCGAGGGUUACUACCCUACUGGUCAGCUGAAGAAGUUUUGGAUUACGGAUGACACCGUUGCUGCCUUGAGCGCAGCUGUCUGGAACGUGCUUGGCACAGACGUUUCAAGCACAGGCGCUCGAUCGGUGGCGAAUCUUUUGUCGCUCCACACUAUGGUCCUCCUGCUCGAUCAGUGCGGCGGUCGCAUCACAUCCUGGGUCGACAUGCAACGCGAACCAGGAGAGGUUGGCCGAUACCUGCGAUGGUCUAUGCUUUCUUUCAAGUUCUGUGGAUACGACGACAAUGCGACGAGCGAGCCUCUCUUUAUUGUCAACGUUGACUCCAAUUCCUCGAAACACGCCGGGAGACAGGCCGACAAAUUUUUCCACGCUAAUACCUUCGUGUCGCAGCCGGGAAAAGCGGAGCAAGACAUCGCAUUCGCAUUUGCGGCUCUCGCGUUCGCCCAAGGCCUAUUGCCGGAUAUGCGAAAGGUCUUCAACGAUCCGAACUACGGGAAAAGACUGCUGGAGGCAGCUUCGAACAGCUUCCACGAGUUCAAAGUUGCGCGUCAGGAGCAGGACUGCCCCGUUUUUGUCCACGGGCGGGUAAAGCAGCUCAAGCCUGCGAGCGAAGUCAGUCACUCAUAUCGAUGUCUACACGCCUCGGACAAGACGGCUGCAGGUGAAUUCCAUCGCCCUCUGGACACGAGACAUGUGAAUCGCGCCUUGAUGGUGCUUUCGGAGGAGCUCAAUCUUUCGCAGCCGGUCACGUCCAGAGUCUUCCGCCGGUCAUACGCGUUCAAGGUGGUCGCCUCUGGGAAGGUUCCCGGCUGGCAGAUUUCCGAACGCAUGGGUCAUUUCGGUCCGGACCGAUCUCUGUGGCGAAAAGACUACGUGCCGACAAUCACUCCCACGGUGACUUCUCGUUCGACGACCACAGUUCCUCCAGGACUUCAGAAUGCACUGGACGCAAAUGGCGCGAUCUCACGUCUUCCUGAACCGAGCUCCAUCUCCUCUGAUCACCUGAAUCAGGCUAUUCUGGCGUUGACCGCAUUUCAAGAGGCUAUGCAACAGCACACACAGACAACGGGAUCAGGCUUCCCAGCUGCAGCAGCCGAAGAGGUGAUGGACGUCUUCCAACGAAUCAACAGCGGUAUUGGCCUUCCGUUGAAGGACUCUUUGCGCUAUCUUCUAUCUCUCACGGACGAUGGUUUUGCUUCCGAGUCAUGGCAGACCGCUCAUCCUUUCGAGAGCUCAUCUGUCGGACAAGGCGGGACCAAGUCGAUCAUUAGCUGGCUGGAAGGAGGAGGGCCGAUGCUUUGCCCUUCUUGCCGCUCUUCAAUGCACGAGGAAGGCCGUCCGGACUUGGAGCAUACGAAGGCAGAAAGGCUCUUUGAGCUCUUCAAUGCAUGCCUUGCUCGCCUGACAUCUCAUUUUUGCUGCUUCGUUUGCAGCGAGCAAUUUGCGCUGACGGACUGCGACCACGUCCAGCGCUGCCUUAUGGAGUAUCUCAAAGGAUGCGGUUCACUCGCGUUCAAUCACAUCGGCACGGUCAGCACACCAAAGAAGGGUAUUUGGAUCGCUGCUACCCAUUUUCUUUGUCCAAUCGAGUCGUGUCUCGACGAGGACUGGCAUCGAUCGGAGAAAAACGCUCACAUGGCACCCACAAGUGUCGUACACCGGGCCGAUCUGAAAGGAUCCCAGCCGGAGCGAGGAGGGGGCAAGCUUCCCGUCUUCGAUCACAUCAACAAGUGCUCCGUCCACAUAGCGAAGCAUUUCUUUGUUGCAAAAGUGGUUGAGGUCGAUGGUACCAGGGUGUUCCGUGCUUCUUUGCGUCUACCUGCCACGCCGGAAAACGAAAGGAUCAUCUGCCCGACCUUCGGUUGUUCAGAGUCCUGGGUGGGAGUGGGUAAGGUUGCUGCGCAAUGUUUCCUACGUCAUCUCAUCAACGAUCACAAGCUGCCGAUCCUGCGGUACGGCGAUGGAUCUUUCGUGGAAGAGGUCGAUGACUCCACAGUCUUGGACAACUUGGCUCCAUUCCAGAACGCCGAGACCGAAACCGUCAACGGUGUCGUCCUGGAGAGGUCGCAUGGGACGUCUGCCACAGGUCAAGUCUAUGUCUCGUUCAAGAGGGAUGUUCUGAGAAGAAGAGCGCAGGUUGGUGUCGAAGAACCCGGUCGAAUCGCACGCAUCUCGAAGCAGGUUCCUCCCUCCGUCAGGAAGAAGCAAAGCCGCGAAAGGUACCAAGCUCAGCUUGCUCAGAAAGAUGCGGAGCAGCUCGCUGAAUUCCGGGCCAAGGCCAACGCCAGGGCGAAAGAACACUACAAGCGGAAGAAGGAGGAGGAGAAGGCUCGGGCAGGGGGUAGCGCUGCGAGUGGACCUGCGAGCGGAUCUGCGAGUGGACCUGCGAGCGGAUCUGCGAGCGGAUCUGCAGGACGUGUCUCGAAGAGGCGGAAAUGA